AUAUUUCCGGGCGUCCACCAUUGAGAAUUUUUUUCGUUAAAAAUUUUGGCGUCGAAAAUUUUGUGUGGGAAAUGGACUUGAAAACAUUGUGAAUUUCUUGCCGGAACUAGUGUUUUUGCAUCGAUCUUCAACUCAAGGAUUAUUAAACGCGUUAUUGGAUAAUUGCAGGCCACCACCAUGGAUACUGUUAAGGCUUUUAAUGCGGAGCUCUCGUCGCUCUACGACAUGAAACCACCUAUAUCCAAGGCAAAAAUGACUGCAAUCACAAAAGGCGCCAUCAAAGCAGUCAAGUUUUACAAACAUGUUGUUCAGUCUGUCGAAAAAUUUUUGCAAAAAUGUCGACCUGAAUACAAAAUCCCUGGAUUAUAUGUGAUUGACUCUAUAGUUCGACAAUCUAGGCAUCAAUUCGGAGCAGAUAAAGAUGUGUUUGCUCCUCGGUUCUCAAAAAACGUAACAUACACCUUCUACUUCAUUUAUCAGUGCACUGGCGAAGAAAAGAGUAAAGUCAUCAGGGUGCUCAACUUGUGGCAGAAAAAUGCAGUGUUCCCUCCUGAAGUCAUCCAGCCACUAUUUGAUAUGGCUGAUUCCAGUCAUCCAAAGUUCAAGGAAGUAGCACAAUAUGUAAACUCAAAAGGGGCCUCCAGUUCAGGGAUAUCUGCAGGCAAAAGCAAUUCUCAGGACAAUACUACUAAUCUUAAUGGCAACAAUGAGGCAGCAGUUAGUUUUGAAGAAACGUCCAAUGAUGGGAAUCAGGUGCAGAGUCAGUCUUUGGUAAUGGGAAAUCUUCCCAACCUGAGUAGCACAGAAAUGAGUCUAGCUACCAGGCUGCAGCACCUGCAACAUCUAUUUGGACAAGAACCUCCCAAUAACUCGAGCAAUCCAUUAGCGGCUCAGCCUUUAACGCCAGCCAAAGUCCCUGCGAAUGCCAACGAUACGGGGCAAAUUCGAUUCAACAAGAAGCUCUUGGACUUUGACUACGAUGAAGAAGACGAAGAGCCGGACAAAACCGCUAGGGAAACUGGCCAACAGCAAGCCAAGCCACAACCGCCUCCGCCACAGCAACCAGUUCAACCUGCUCUUACAUCAAAUUCCACUUCCGAAUCACUUGGAACUUUGCUGACUAAUCCCGACAUUCUGCGACAUCUUCAAAGCCUCCAGCAACAAAUUGCACAGCCAGCGGUCCAGUCGGCUUCAAUCAGCACGAAUCAUCACCACCAUCACCAGCAGCAACAACAACACCACCACCAUCAACAGCAACAGCAACACGAAGAGCAACCAAUUUGGGAGCCGGCCAACAACCACGGCCAAUACGGUCAAAUUGAUUUUACUCAACCGCCACCCGGAUUCAUGCCGAUGGGAGCCGCCGGUUUGAGUCAACCUCCAGUGGGCUUCCCUCAUCACCAUCCUCCGCAUCCGCCGAACGCCGCAGCUCAGUUCCAACAGCACCAUCAACCUCCGACCAUCAGGGAGGACUUGUUUCAACCAGGCAACGGCGAAGUCAUUGAAAUCGAUCCUCCACGAUCAAAAGAACGAGAUAGACGGAGAAGUCGAUCGGGAUCACGUGGUAGACGAGCCCGAAGUGGUGGCCGUCACGGGGGUAGGAGAUCGAGCCGAUCGCGAUCGAGAUCUCGUGAUCGGGGUGGUGUACGAAGACGUUCCAGGAGUCGUUCCAGGAGUCGCAACACUCGUGCCAGGCCUCGAUCUCGGUCUCGAGACCAAGAGAGGGAAAAGGAACGUCUGGAACGUGAAAAGGAACGCGACAGGAAGCGGCGAGGUCUGCCACCCACAAAGAAAGAGGCGCUGAGCGUUUGCAGCACCACCCUGUGGGUGGGCCAUCUCAGCAAACUGGUCCAACAAGAGGAGCUGUCGGAUACGUUCGGCCAGUACGGCGAGAUUUUGUCGAUUGACCUGAUCCCACCACGAGGAUGCGCUUUCGUUUGCAUGCACCGACGACAGGACGCUUACCGGGCACUGACUAAAUUGGCUGGACAUAAAUUGCAAGGCAAAGCCAUCACGCUGGCGUGGGCACCGGGCAAAGGAGUCAAGGCUAAAGAGUGGAAAGACUUUUGGGAGGUGGACCAGGGAGUGUCUUACGUUCCAUGGCAAAGAUUGAGCCAAAUGACGGACUUGGAAGCGCUGGAAGAAGGUGGAUCCUUUGAUGAAGAAACACUUCCUCCUUGGUUGCGUCAUCAUUUAAAUCAGGACGAUAAGAUUGGGCAGCAAAGGAUUCCAAUGGCUCCUACUGGUUUCAUUCCCAUUCCGGAAGCGGGUCCUCCUACUCCCGAAAUGAAUGAACCAUCCAGCGGAGGUGGACAGGCUAUGUCGACUGCUUCGGGUCCAUCUUCUCUGAAUACUGCCACAACGACACUGCCGGCCAAUCUGCCCACUUAUGCAGCCAUGGCUCCUCAUUCACUUGGACUCCUACCAGUGCCCCUGGGAAUGCCACCUGGACUCAGACUGCCUCCGCCCGGUACUGCCGCCCAUCUUCUCAUGAGUCAAGCGGCCGGUGCUGGCACCAACGCCGCAAUGGCCACUCACCUGCUCGGACAAACGAUUUUGGCCGGACUCGGGGCCGCUGCCGCAGCUCAAGGAUUAGGGCCUUCCAUGGGUCAGCCGGCUGGUCCUUCCGGCUUCUUCAACGUUUUCAAUCCGCAUUUACCUGGCCAUCCGCAUCAGCAGCAACAGCAGCCGCCUCCGCAAAUUCCAUCUCACGACGAUGCGGACGACAUGGAACUGGAGGAAGCCGACGAUGACGUCCACCAGCAACAGCAUCACAAAGAAAUGGAUGGCCGCAACAGAAGUGGUGGAGGCUGGAACGAGCAGAUGGAUGAUCGCUCUGAUAUGUUGCAGCUCCGCCAACCGCUGCAGCAUCGAACGCCCGACAAGAGCAAUAACGGCCCUGGAUUGCUGGAUCGAUUGAGAAGUUUGGCUAAUCACGAGGCUGGAUCGCUCGACCACCAUCACCACCACCACAACAAUAAUGGCUCGGAAUUGGCGGAACGAGGCGGCGGUGGCCCGUUGCAUCUUCGAACUGACAUGGCCGGCCCAGGAUCAUCCGUACCGGACCAGUACGGCCUCUCUCCCAACUUGGCUUCUUCCCUUCGUGGCGUUCCGCUCACUGCAGCCGCAGCUGAAAUGGGAAUCCGUCUCCUCAGAGGCGGCCCACCGGAUGCGUUUGGAACACCCGGCAGAGGAAUCGGCGGUGACGAUCCUUUCAUGCCCAGACAGCCGCACCUCGGUGGAUCUUCUUUCGGUCCAGUUCCGGACAAUUUCGGCCCGAUGAGAGGCAGACACUUUGGCCAUGACAGUCGAGGAGGUCGAGGGGGAGGAGGAGGAGGAGGAGGAGGAUUUCGAGGGGAUAUGGUGGAACCCGCUUGGGAUGAAGAGCCUUUACCACCUCCGAGAUGGAGGCAGCAAGAGGAUUGGUCCGAUCGGGAGCCACCACCACCUUCCCGCUGGGAUCGCGAUCGUGAUCGUGAUCGAGAUCAUUCUGGCAGUCGGGGAGGUCGGGGAGGUGCUGAUUGGUCGAGUCCCAGGAGACCUCCGCUUCCUCCUCUGCCACCGCGCAGUAACGAUCGGGGAUCUUCCAACCGGGAUCGCUACGGAGGCGGAAGUCGUGGCGGAGGGGAUCGCGGCAGCGAUCGGAGGCGAAGUGGCGACAGGGAUCGUGAUCCUCUGCCACCGCGAGAUCGAGAACGUCGGACCAGCGAGCGUCGCAGCAGUGGGCGGUGGAGUGAUCGCAAGAGUCCCGAUCCAGCAGCACCAGUACCUUCCAGUAGCAGCAGCUCGACUGUUGCAGUUCCUCCGCCGGUUCCGGCGCCGCCACCACCAGUGGAAAACAAUGACACUGUGCCAAUCCCUGGUGAUGCACAAGAUCCGCCAGCUCCAACGCACGACGUCGAUCCCUCGGCGUCGUCAGUUUGCGAGUCCCAGAGUGCCGAUCCUUCCGUUGUUGACAAUGCUACUCCUGCUACCUCCGUGUCUCGUUCUCCUCCCGCUGCUCCACCAGCCUCUUCUCCGACACCUCCGCCGCCGACGUUGACCUCCUCCGAUGCGGAUUUGACGGCGCCCGGAACAGAGGAAGAAGAACCGCCUUCAGCAGAUUGAAACAAGACAAAAAGAAAAGAAGAACGCUGGGAUUGUUAUUAUUAAUUAAAAAAACAAAAAAGGAAAAAACCACAAUUUGUUUGUCCAAAGCUGUGGGUUUUUCUUCUCAAUUUUGCUUAACAAAAUUUUUCAAAGUGAUUGACUUGAUCAACUCCCCAUCAAUGAUGUACAUAGUUGAAAUUUAAAACGGGCUUUCCCUUUCCUCAUUGAAUCAUCAACUCAAAACAUGCGUUUUUGUGGUGAUUUUGUCCGACCUAUUCCCGUCGGACCGUGGUACACACAUAACCGUGUGGAAACAAAAAAUCAUGAACUUUUCUUUUUGUUUCUGAAUGAAUUAUCUCCUGCCCGCACGUGGAGACAUAGAGGGAAGAAUGUGCAUGGGGGGUUCAGUCGUAUCUUCCCCCAUCCGUUCGGCUCUUUGCAAUGAUGGUUAUAUGACCCCUACGAUGAUUUAAGCUAUAAAUUUCUCGUUCGAAUUCGAUCCACAUUUUGAUGAUUCGCCAACUUUUUUUUCGUGAAAUUUUUUAAACAUUUUUUUUGUCCCAAACCCCACCUCACCCUGUUUCGUCUACAGCGAUCCUGUGUGCAACGUGACACUUUCUGUGUACAACCACUCGGAUAGUGUAUGUGUGUUUUCAUAAUAUAAAUGCCAAAUUCACAA